CAACAUGAGUAGAAAUAGUUUGUGAUUGUACGCAUUAACAUCACCAUUGUAUAGUACUUCAAGGAGGUCACCAGGUCACUACCACUUCACUUCAACAGAGUCACAGCUAGUGUGCAGUUGUUUAUAAAUAAGGAUUCGAUUCUUAUUGUUUUUAAAAUCUUCUUCAGUGGUGCUUCAUAGUUGGCUUUUGUGUUCUGGGUGCAAUCGAAAAGGCGUUAAAAUGAAAUUAAUAGGAGUAGCAUUAUUGGGAUUAUUUGGAAUAGCUUUGGCACAAUCUCCUGGAAGAAUUCUAGAACCACCAAUUCCAGAAGCAUGCGCCCAGAGAACUAUUCAUGAACGUCGCCCAGAUGGCAAAGGAUAUUUAUUCAGUUGGCGUGAGCCACAAUUGAAGGGCGUGGAAGAAGAUUGGCUGUCAGCCAGAAACUAUUGUAGACAACGUUGCAUGGAUUUAAUAUCAUUGGAGACGCGCGUGGAAAACGAAUGGAUUAAAGAGCGUAUCAAACAGGAGAAUGUUAAAUACAUUUGGACCAGCGGUCGUUUGUGCGAUUUUGAGGGAUGUAAUCGUCCUGACUUGUUGCCACGUCACAUCAACGGUUGGUUCUGGACAGCUGAAUUACAAAAAUUAGCACCAACUAACAUUCGUGAACAGAAUGAUUGGUCUGAAACUGGUGGUAUUGGAAAACCUCAGCCAGAUAAUCGGGAACCAAUCCAACAAGGUGGCCCACCAGAGAACUGUCUAGCCAUAUUAAAUGAAUUCUACAACGAUGGUAUCCAUUGGCAUGAUGUGGCCUGUCACCAUCGUAAACCAUGGGUGUGCGAAGAGAACGAUGCCCUCUUGAAGUAUGUCCGUUACACGAAUCCAAAUUUAAGAGUUUAAAAUUAUUAUUUCUAAUUUAUUUAAAUCAAUGUUUACAAGUGUUUUAUUAUUUUAUCUUAUUUUAUGUUGUGUCUGUCUAUCUCUAUCAAAAGUUACGGCCAAACACGAAGGCAAAUAUUAAACAUCAGCGAUAAAAAUCAAGUACCCAACACUGAAGAUCAUCACAAAGUGAGUAAAAUCGAUUCGUUUGGUAUGCGAUGCUUUGCACUUGAUUUUGUCGUUGUUGUAAGAUGUUCGCCUUCGUGUUUAACCCCAGGAUGAUAAAGCGUUUAGUAUGAACCCCAACUCAAUAAUCUACGUCAACUAGUCAAGUUCGAUGGUAAUGUUGGUAAUUUUACUCACCUCUCUGCAGCUAUUUAGGCCAGUAACUUGAAGCAUUAGAGGUUGCAUUAAAUCCGGUAGUUCUGAUUUUUUCCAGACUUGUUUAUGAUCUUGGCUCAAUAAAUAAUCCAAGAUUGUGCCCUCGAGCGCCAAGCGUAAAUUUGUCAAAUAUUUUUGGCGAUUAUAACUCUAAAAGGGUAGUUGAUAGAUCUUUUUCAAGAUGAUACUAAAUUUACUACAAUAUUCGACUAAAAUUGUCCCAAUGGGUUCCAAGAAACUGAUUGGUCUGAUUGGACGUACUGAUUGGUCUAUCUUUGGAUUUUUUAAUUUCUUGAUAUAAAAAUUUCAAAAUGCUUCAAAAAAAUUUUUUUAAUAAAGAAAUUUUCCAACAAAAAUAUUCAAGGGUUGGUAGGGUGCCAAUACCUUUUAGCCAGAACUCGACUAUAUUAUCUCUUUUUUCCGGAUCUAUUUUUUCCGAUUACUCAAAUAUCAUCAAUCUUGACUGGGCAUGUAUUAUUAAUGUGCAACCAUAUUGGCCUUAAUUACCCAUAAAAUAGAGAAUAGAAUAUUGAGUUGAAAGCAGACAAGAAG